CCUCGUCUUACCCGCUCCCCCCGUGGCGUAUAUGUAGCGCCCCUCGCAUCUCCGUUCAUUUUACUCGCUGCUCUCUUUGGCAUUUAGAGUGUUGGACUCUCGGGCUGCUCCUCCUCCGGCCAAUGGUGAAGCGCCCGACGAGGCUAGCAGCAGCACGCGGCGGGAUCGUGCUCCCGUGAUCGAGUGAGCCGCCUCAUCUGCUGCUCAAGGAGACUACACUAGGACUGACUGAAUCGACACAAGGCAACCAGUCGUACGUACGUACAGAUGGCCGAGAUUGACACGAGGCCCCUAGAAUCUGUGCAGUCCGCCCUGAAUCUCUUCGAGCAGAGAAGCGACCACAGCAGGUUCAGCAGCCCUGACAGAAACGGGCAGGAGAUCGACGUCGUGACCAAGGAGCUGGCGACCUGCAAGCUGCAGCUGGAGGCCAAGGAGAGCGAGAACAAGCAGGCGCACAUGAAACUGGAGGCCCUGCGGAAGUCCAUGCAGGAGCUCUCGGAGAAGUACGACCGGGCGUGCCUGGACGCGCACCGCCGCAUCACCGAGCUCGAGGCCGACAACGUCGCCAUCACCACCAGGCAGUCCCAGGCGGCGGCCGAGUGCGAGGCGCUGCGCGACGAGCUUGACGUCGCGGUGGACGAGCUCGACGCCGUGAAGCGCGCCAACGCGUACGUGCUCGGGGAGGUGGAGUCCAUGGAGACGCGGCGGAUCCUGGAGCGGGAGAGCGCGCGGGACGGGCUGAUGCGCGUGCUGGAGCUCAACGAGGCCGUGCUGGAGUCGGCCGUCGCGGCCAUCAGGGCGGAGGAGGAGCGGUCCGUGUACUUCCAGGAAGUCACGCUCGAGCUGUUCAGCUCUGACAAGAACCUGAAGACCAUCAGGAGGCAGAAGGAGACGAUGGAGGGCAUGGAGGGGGAGCUGCUGGCCAAAACGGUGGAGGUCGAGUGUCUGCGGUCUGAGCUCAUACAGCUCAAGGACCUUUACGUCUCGGUGUCAGAACGGGUCAUGGUUCCGGCCUCGACGGCGGUGCGCCAUGCCGACGGCGAUGCUGGGGCAAACCCUGCCGACACGGGUGGGUCUUUGAUGACGACCACGUCGACGUCAAUGCUGGCAAGUCUGACAAUGACAAGGGAAGCCAAGAACCACGAGGAGAAGUCGCUGCUGAUCUUGUCAAUGGCUGUCCAGAAGUUGCAGAAGCCUAUUUUGACAUUGAAUUGCCGAGGGAGGACUGUCGAAACAUUCAAUCUGGUGACGGGAAUAUCAACGUUGCAACGUCUGCUGAUGUCGUGCAAGUUCAGGCAGGACAGAGAAGGAGAGUUCGUUUCAUGCCUGAAAGCCCGAUGGAGGAUUUCAAGAGCGUGAACUCUGAGUGUUGCA